ACUAUGACCACGCUUGUUGUAGGUGGGAGGAGUAGCUCGCCAUUCAAACGACUUUCGUAAACAAAAUUUUCUUUAUUAGAUAUAAUUUUGAAGGCUUUGCAUUUUGUUGUUUUUAAUUUGCUGUUUUAACGCCGUACUGUCUUUCUUGGACAUAAGAUUUCGCUUUACCGCACUGACUUGUCUGGGGAAUUUGAAGAGUCGGAGAAGAAGCCAUUUUUUUUUCAAGCUUGUUCGCUUUCGUGCUUAGUGGUUUACAAGUUAUUUUUUUAAGUCGGUAAGAGCUCGUCCAUCCCGUUUCUGUGGAUAUUGGGGUGGCCACUGGACGAUAUCGUCGCCAGUCGACGGCUUAAGACACGCAGGAAUUUUUUUUUUUAAUUAAUGUGACAAGUCUAAAAUAACUUGUUAGCACGGUGGCUAGCUAGCUAACUUAGAUACAGUAGCCGCCAGGUCUCUACGGGGAGCUCAGAUCUCCCAUUAGCCAAAGGGAAGUGUUCCGAGGUUUAGCAGAUAUGCCUAAAUUAACGUUUUAAGUUAUUUUUCUUUAGCCUCCUGACUUAAUUUUGUCUGGACUAAUUUUACGACAGCGUCUGCCCAUUUGUUGUGUUUGUGUAACUCUCAGCGGAGAGUUUGUGCUGGCUAGCAGAAUGAGUUUUGGCUGCCGACGGCACGCAGACUUUUCUCCAAGUCUUCGACCGAUUCGCCAGAAAUUGCAGUUUUCAAAUAGCGAUGGCGAAGAGGACAGUAUCGAGGAGGCCAACAGCAGUACCGGAGCGGAGUCUGGCUUUACCGAGCUGGAUUCUCCGUUGUCUCUGCGGCGAAGCAGCACGGAUAAGAGACCCGAUGAGCUGAACAGCAGCCCGUUGAGCCGCACCAGAGAGGACGACGACGCCGAGUCUUGGGACGAGGAAGGGUUCGGCUCCCCAUCUCACCUAAAAAUGAGAUUUUGUGGCAAAAUCUCGCCGUCGCCGAGGAAAAGCCCUCGCGCAUACGACAGCUCACCGGAGAGGACGUGCGUUCAGGACGACGUCGAGGGCUCGAGCUCUCCCAUUCCUGACUGUCCUGAUACACCACCCCAUAAAACCUUCAGAAAAUUGCGACUUUUUGAUACUCCACACACCCCAAAGAGUUUGCUGUCCAGAGCAAGUACGUCGGCCUCUACAAGCAGGAGAGUCGCACUUUUCAAGAAUGUGGAUUCCAAAGGAAAGGCGAGUCUCGACGGAAGGCGAAACCAAACACCUCUGGUCAACAUUAACCCCUUCACCCCUGACUCAGUGGUCGUCCAAUCAUCAACUCAACAAAGAAACAAUAGAAAGCGUUCUCACUGGAAUGACUCCUGUGGAGAAGAUAUGGAGGCAAGUGAUGCUGAGAUUGAGGAUGAGAUUAUUCCACCUUCAAAGAGAAUUACAAUGAUGGAGAGUAAUAUGAUGUCAAGAUAUGCAUCGGAGUUCCACGAACUAGAGAAAAUUGGUUCUGGACAGUUUGGCUCCGUGUACAAAUGUGUGAAAAGACUAGAUGGCUGCAUAUAUGCGAUCAAGCGUUCCAAGAAGCCUUUGGCGGGUUCUGUAGAUGAGCAAAAUGCACUUCGUGAGGUCUAUGCACAUGCAGUUCUUGGACAGCACCCACAUGUGGUGAGAUAUUAUUCUGCCUGGGCCGAGGAUGACCACAUGCUUAUCCAGAAUGAGUACUGCAAUGGGGGCACCUUGUCUGAUGUUAUUGCUGAGAACUACAGACAUAUGCACUUUCUGUCUGAGCUGGAACUGAAGGACCUUUUGCUGCAGGUCUCCCGUGGGCUUAAGUACAUCCACUCGACAGCACUUGUGCACAUGGACAUUAAGCCAAGUAACAUAUUUAUUUCAAGAAAGUCAGCAGUGAGUGUUGAGGAGUUUGAAGAUGAGGAAGAUGGGCCCAGCACAAAUGUGAUAUACAAAAUAGGUGACCUGGGUCAUGUGACCAGGGUGACCAAUCCACAGGUUGAGGAGGGUGACAGCAGAUACCUGGCUAAUGAAGUUCUUCAGGAGGACUAUAGGAACCUGACAAAGGCUGACAUCUUUGCUUUGGCUCUGACUGUCGUCAGUGCAUCUGGAGCUGAGCCACUGCCAACCAAUGGCGAACAAUGGCACAAAAUCCGCCAGGGAAUUCUACCCCAUAUCCCACAAGUGCUUUCUCAAGAAUUUAUAAGCCUAUUAAAGCUUAUGAUUCACCCUGACCCCACACGGCGGCCAUCGACCUCUGACCUCAUAAGGCACCCUGUUCUGCUGACUGCCUCCAGGAUGAAUGCUGAUCAAUUGCGCGUGGAACUUAAUGCAGAGAAAUUCAAGAAUGCCCUGCUCCAAAAGGAGCUGAAAAAAGCCCAGCUUGCAAAAGCUGCAGCAGAGGAAAAAGUUUUAUCCACAGACAGAGUCCUGACACGUUCUACAAUCCAAUCCAGUUCCAGGAACUCUCGCCUUAUUGGGAAAAAGAUGAACCGCUCUCUUAGUCUCACCAUUUACUAAACUGAGCAUCGGCUUACAAAAAAUAAGUGUCCCACAAUGGGAGGAACAUUGGUGCUGUUUUGCUUGCAAGAUGUUUUGUCAAUUGCAAUGUCCCAUGAUUGCUUGUCACUGUUCUGAUACAAGCAAGAUAGUUUUGUAUGGAAGAAACACCCAGAGCAACUGAAAAUCUCAGUUAAAACUUGUCAGUUUAUACUGACCAUGGACUGCUUUUAUUGCAUGGUCACAUUCUUUUUGCAGAAUUUCAGUUUUGCAUGUAUUUCUUAAGGUAGAGAAUUUCCAUUCCUCUUCAACUUACACAGAGGAAGGUCUGCAUCUGCAUGUUGGUCAUAUAUAUGGGGAAACUAUUUAGCCCUGUAAAGACCUGAUGUGUGAAUGUUCCAGACCUAAGACUUGUGCACCUUACUGCCUGUAAAAUGCCUUAUGUUGAGUAAUGAAGGUUGGGCCCUAUGCGUCAAUUACCGUUAAACAAGCACUUUGGAGGCAAUGGGGAACUCGCCAGAAAGUCUGCUGCUAUUCAUGUUUGUCUAGUUCCAGUUGUAGUUGGAAAAUUUUAUAUAGCCCACAUCCCCCCACCCCCUUUUCACCCCACCUCAAUCAUUGAUCUCUCUUGCUGUACAGACACUUAACAAUAAUUUCUUUCGGUGUUAUGUAGAGUUCUAUACAUAAAAUACAUGUACGCCUUUUUGUUUUUCAUGUAGAAAAGGUAUAAAAUUGAUCAUGCAUACAUAUUUGGUUACAUUUAGAAACUGCAACUUAAGCUAAAUUUGUAUAACAGUCAAAAUGUUUGCUAGAGUAGGAACAAAGAAAAGAUUUCCGUUUCAGCCUUAAGCCUGUUUGUAGCAUUAAAACUAUUGCAUACUUCUUUUAGACUUGCAUCAUCAAUUAACAAGUCAUCAUUUUGUCUGUAUUGCCACUGUACUAUUAUUAGGGUAUUCUUUGGUUUCCCCUUUAGGCUUUGUACUAUGAAGCAUUUUUUAAUUUCUUUUUUUGUAAAUAUGUUCUUUUAAUAAACUAGAUCAACAUA